GCUGCGGAGGGAAACUUUGUGGCAGGCGGUCGGCGCCGGACAGGGGCGGCGGGCGCGCCGGCACCGCGGGAGCCUCCGAGCCUGCUGCUACCGAGUCCAGCCUCCCAAACAUGCGUGCGUGAAAGGAUAUUUCAAAGAUGGUUUGGCUGCCAUUGAGACCUGGAGAUCUGAUGCCACAAUGAGGACUCACACACGGGGAGCCCCAAGUGUGUUUUUCAUACACGCGGUUUGCUUUGCCUUUGCCUGCGGCGCCAGGGAGGACCAAGACACGAUGGUUCCUUUUGUCAACGCCAACUAUGACAGCUACCCCAUGCUCUACUUCUCCAAGGGAGAUGUGGAGACUCUGCGGCUGCAGGCCAGCACCACGCACCAGCACAUUGCGGCUCGUCUGAUUGAAGCAGUGCAAACCAUGCUGUCAAAUCCCCUGGAGUACCUUCCUCCCUGGGACCCAAAGGAGUUCAGCGCUCGCUGGAAUGAAAUUUAUGGCAACAACCUUGGGGCCCUGGCCAUGUUCUGUGUGCUCUUCCCUGAAAAUAUGGAGGCUAUCAAUAUGGCUAAGGAUUACAUGGAGAGGAUGGCAGCUCAGCCUAGUUGGUUAGUGAAGGAUGCCCCCUGGGAUGAAGUCCCUCUUGCUCACUCCUUGGUUGGUUUUGCCACUGCUUAUGACUUCUUGUACAGCUACCUUAGCAAGAUUCAACAGGAGAGAUUUCUUGAAGUAAUUGCCAAUGCCUCGGGAUACAUGUAUGAAACAUCAUACAGACGUGGAUGGGGCUUCCAGUACCUUCACAACCACCAGCCUACCAACUGUGUGGCCCUGCUGGCUGGAAGCCUGGUUCUGAUGAAUCAAGGCUACCUUCAGGAAGCUUACUUGUGGACCAAGCAAGUGCUGGCAAUCAUGGAGAAGUCAGUAGUCCUGCUGCAGGAGGUCACAGAUGGCUCCCUCUAUGAAGGGGUGGCUUAUGGCAGCUACACAACCAGAUCACUGUUUCAGUACAUGUUUCUUGUCCAAAGGCAUUUUGACAUCAAUCACUUCAGCCACCCCUGGCUCAAGCAGCACUUUGCAUUUAUGUACAGGACUGUCCUGCCUGGGUUCCAGAGAACUGUGGCCAUCGCGGAUUCCAACUAUAACUGGUUCUACGGGCCAGAGAGCCAGCUGGUGUUUCUCGACAAGUUUGUCAUGCGCAAUGGCAGUGGGAACUGGCUGGCAGAGCAGAUCAGAAGGAACCGAGUGGUGGAGGGCCCGGGCACACCAUCCAAAGGGCAGAGGUGGUGCACUCUCCACACUGAAUUUCUCUGGUAUGAUGCAAGUUUACGCUCUGUACCUCCACCAGACUAUGGGGUUCCUAAGCUGCAUUAUUUUGAGGACUGGGGAGUGGUAACUUAUGGAAGUGCUUUGCCAGCUGAAAUCAACAGGCCUUUCCUUUCCUUCAAGUCAGGAAAGCUGGGAGGACGUGCAAUAUACGAUAUUGUUCAUAAGAACAAGUACAAAGAGUGGAUCAAAGGGUGGAGGAACUUUAAUGCUGGCCACGAACAUCCAGACCAGAACUCCUUCACUUUUGCUCCCAAUGGCGUACCUUUCAUAACAGAAGCUCUGUAUGGGCCAAAAUAUACUUUUUUUAAUAAUGUGUUGAUGUUUUCCCCUGCUGUGUCUAAGAGCUGCUUCUCCCCAUGGGAAGGGCAGAUUACAGAAGACUGUUCCUCAAAGUGGCUUAAAUAUAAACGUGACUUGGCUGGUGACUGUCAGGGACGAGUGGUUGCCGCCACAGAGAGAAGUGGGGUGGUUUUUAUCCGGGGAGAAGGAGUGGGUGCAUACAAUCCUAAACUGAAGCUAAGAAAAUUGCAACGAAACCUUAUACUUCUCCAUCCCCAGCUUCUGUUGCUAGUGGACCAAAUCCACCUAGAAGAUGACAGCCCUCUGGAGGCAGCAACCAGUUUCUUUCACAAUGUGGAUGUGCCUUUUGAAGAAACAGUUGUUGAUGAUAUCCAUGGGGCCUUUAUUAGGCACCGUGAUGGGAUAUAUAAGAUGUACUGGAUGGACGACACUGGCCACAGUGAGAAAGCCACCAUUGCCUCGAGGAUGUAUCCCCGGGGCUACCCCUACAAUGGAACAAACUACGUGAAUGUAACGACCCUGCUGCGGCACCCCGUCACGAGGGCCAUCUACCUUUUCAUCGGGCCCUCUGUGGACGUGCAAAGCUUCACCGCUCGUGGAGAUUCCCCGCAGCUGGAUGUUUUUGUGACCACUGGUGAGCACGCCUACGCCGUGUACUUGUGGCCCGUCGAGGAUGGCUCCCGCUCUGCCUUUGCACAGGUUAUUGCAGACCGCCAGAAAAUUGUCUUUGACCGAGCCUCUGCCAUUAGGAGCUCCACAGUGCCAGAAGUGAAGGACUACGUAGGGAUCGUGGAGAGGAACCUGCAACAUUUUAAGCCGGUCUUCCAGCAGCUUGAGAAGCAGAUCCUGUCUCGUGUACGCAACACGGCCAGCUUUAGGAAGACUGCUGAGCGCCUACUGAGGUUUUCAGAUAAGAGACAGACAGAGGAGGCCAUUGACAGGAUAUUUGCGAUCUCACAGAGGCAGCAGCAGCAUGGCAGAGCAAAGAAAAACAGAAAAGUAGCCAAAGGCUACAAAUUUGUUGAUGCCGUUCCUGACAUUUUUGCACAGAUUGAGGUAAAUGAAAGAAAAGUGCGACAAAAGGCACAGACUCAAGCACAAAAAGAGUUGCCUGUAGAUGAAGAUGAAGAAAUGAAAGAUCUUAUGGACUUUGCAGAUAUCACUUAUGUGAAGCACAAAACUGGGGUGUCAAUCAAAGGCCGAUCAGGGCUGGCACAGAUGGUGGCAACUGCUCGAAGUACCCCAUCAAUAUCAGCUUCUUAUACUCGCCUCUUUCUAAUUCUUAACAUUGCUAUAUUUUUUGUCAUGCUAGCAAUGCAGCUCACGUAUUUUCAGAAGGCCAAGAGACUGCAUGGCCAAAGAUGUCUGUAUGCAAUACUUUUAGUAGACAGCUGUAUAUUAUUGUGGCUGUAUUCUUCCUGUUCUCAGUCACAAUGUUAGCAGAAGACCUCUAUUAGUUGACCAGUUUAUGGUCAUAUAUGUCUAUGCAAAAACAUUAACCCUAAUAGGGCCAAAGUUUAUAUCUUCUCUUUUUUAUUUUCUUUUAUUUUUUUGAAACAUUCCAAAAACAUCUGGGGAAAGACUGUUUUCAGACCAGAAGGGAUUAAAGAAUAGGGCAAGAAAUUAAUAUCUCAGAAAAAUCGGUACUUAAUAAGUACUCCUCCUUUGUGUUUUGAGUUGGGCCUCACAUCUGAGGGAAUGUCUUUGUUCAUCAGAGUUCAGUAAUGUAAAGUUGUAAUUAAUUUUUUGGUGAGAAAAGCCCUCUCAAUAGUUUUUUUCCUAAGGUCUUUUUUUGAUUUGCAUGUAGUGAGUUUUUAUUUCAGGCUGCUAUGGAUAUCUCUGGACAUUCUCCUAAGACAA